AUGGGAACAGUCAAGUUCCAGCCGUCUCUUUGGCCCUGGGACUCGGUACGGAACAAUCUGCGCGGCGCCCUGACAGAGAUGUGUGUUCUCCAUGACGUCCUGAGCGUGGUGAAGGAGAAGAAGUACAUGGCCUUAGAUCCGGUGUCUCAUGAUCCAACCGCCGGCAAAACGCAGCAGGUGUUUCAGCUGAUCAGCAAAAAGAAAUCGCUGGCCACAGCGGCACAGCUCCUCCUGAAAGGAGCCGAGAAGCUCAGCAAGUCGGUGGCCGAGAACCAGGAGAACCGGAGGCAGCGCGACUUCAACUCUGAGCUGCUGCGACUCCGAUCUCAGUGGAAACUUCGCAAAGUUGGAGACAAGAUCCUGGGAGACCUCAGCUACCGGAGUGCAGGUUCCCUUUUUCCUCACCCCGGCACAUUCGAGGUGAUCAAAAACACUGACAUUGAUCUGGACAAAAAGCUCCCAGAGGACUACUGUCCCUUGGAUGUCCAGAUUCCAAGUGACCUAGAAGGAUCUGCUUAUAUCAAGGUGUCCAUCCAGAAACAAGCACCAGACAUCGGUGACCUUGGAACCGUCAACCUGUUUAGGAGACCUCAGAAAAACAAAGCAGGAGCGCAGCCGUGGCACAUCAAGCUGGAGGCGGCUCAGAACGUUUUGCUCUGUAAGGAGAUCUUCGCGCAGCUUUCCAGAGAAGCGGUUCAGAUUAAAUCGCAGAUUCCCCACAUUGUUGUGAAGAACCAGAUCAUCUCCCAGCCUUUCCCAGGCCUUCAGCUCUCCAUCUCACUGUGCCACUCAACUGGAGAGAAGAAGAGCAACCGAGCCUCUCCAGAGAAACCCAAACCAGACGACCAUCUUCACGUACUGGAACACAAUCUGCAUCAGAUGAUGAGAGAGUUCCACAAGCAGCAGCUGAGCUCGGUGGUCAUGCCUCAUCCGGCCAGCGCCCCGUUCGGCCACAAGCGGCUGCGCCUGGCCGGUCCGAUGGCCUACGAUAAGGCGGAAAUCGCCAACCUGCAGCAGAACGAGGGGCUGCUGGAGAAGAUCAUCAAACAGGCCAAACACAUCUUCCUCCGUAGCAGGACGGCCCGGACCAUCGACAGCUUAGCCAGCCGGAUCGAAGACCCUCAGAUCCAGGCUCACUGGUCCAACAUCAACGACGUUUAUGAGUCCAGCGUCAAGGUGCUCAUCACCUCUCAUGGUUAUGAGCAGAUCUGCAAAUCCAUCCAACUGCAGCUCAACAUCGGUGUGGAGCAGAUCAGGGUGGUGCACAGGGACGGACGAGUCGUCACGCUGUCCCACCAGGAGCAGGAGCUGCAGGACUUUCUCCUCUCACAGAUGUCGCAGCAUCAGGUCCACGCCGUGCAGCAGCUGGCUAAAGUCAUGGGCUGGCAUGUGCUGAGUUUCAGUAACCAUGUGGGACUGGGCCCAGUGGAGAGCAUCGGGAACGCCUCGGCCAUCACCGUCGCUUCACCCAACGGAGAGUACGCCAUCUCAGGUGAGACUUUAAACAGAAAUCACUCAGAACUCUAAUUCCAUCCUCUUUCU